AUGGACAAAUACCUCUCACAGCCGUCGACUUAUACGUCAUGCAGCAUCAUCAAGAGAAUUGAAGCCAACUGGUCAUCGAUAGAUUGUGGUAAACUAUGCGCAUCAGAUUUUGGAUUAAGAACUGCGGAAAUAAAUUCAAAUAUUGACACGAACGUCAACCCAUGCGACGACUUUUACAAGUUUGCUUGUGGAUCGUGGAUAGAAAGAACUUCAAUUCCCGAUGACGAUUUUCAAAUGAAUACCGUCAAAAAUAUGGCUGACAUAAGCAAAACUCAACUUAUAGGCCUUUUGAACAAGUCGAGUGCAGAUGACCUACCGAGUAUUACGAAUGUUAAAGUAUUCUACAAAUCCUGUCUGAACCAAAGGCUAGUGUCGCUACGACCGCACACAGUUCGAGGAGGAACUAGUACCUUCCGACGGCGAGAUAUCUAG